AUGUCAAAGAGAAAUAUCACAUUCACGAAACCGGAAGAACCUAAUUUUUUAAAGAGGAUUAAAGAACAAGUGGGAUAUAAGGAGGGCCCCACGGUUAAUACGAAAAGGGAGGCUUUAGAUCGAGCUACUGAGGAGGAUUUUGAAGAUACCUCCGAAGAGCAGCCUACGGUGGUGGUUCUUAGACCUGGUGAUCUUUCCGCUGAAGAAGCUACACAAGCCGCAGAGGAAUUGAAAAAGCAGGCCGAGGAGACUCCCGCCGAUUUGAAUAUUCCCGUCGUUUUUAAACGGCCUUCGAAAGCGAAAACCGCUCAGAGUCAGAAGUCGUCAAAAAGAAGUUCAUCGGGCGAGGAUCUCGACGAAAAGACCAAGAAGCGUAAAGGCAAAACGCUGCUUUCCUUCGACGACGAAGAACACGACGAUUAG